GGCGCCGAGGAUCACGAGGUCCGGGAGCGUCCGCCGCCGAAGGAUCUAGGCGGACCCUCGGGGCCCGAUGGCGCAGAUGUCGAACCUUGUGCUCUUCACACAGCUCCUGCUCAGCCCAGCUCUCGCGCGCAGCUCCAGCCCCCUCCCCCUGGUCCUCAACACUUGGCCUUUUAAGAAUGCAACCGAAGCAGCGUGGAGUACAUUAGCGUCUGGAGGUUCCCCCCUGGAUGCUGUGGAGAGGGGCUGUGCUGUGUGUGAGAGGGAGCAGUGUGACGGUACUGUCGGCUUUGGAGGAAGCCCCGAUGAGUUUGGAGAAACCACACUGGAUGCCAUGAUCAUGGAUGGCACUACUAUGAAUGUAGGAGCAGUAGGAGAUCUUAGACGAAUUAAAAAUGCUAUUGGUGUGGCAAGAAAAGUACUGGAACAUACAACACACACACUUUUAGCAGGAGAGUCAGCCACCAAGUUUGCCGAAAGUAUGGGGUUUGUCAAUGAGGAUUUAUCUACCAAUACUUCUCGAGCUCUUCAUGCAGACUGGCUUGCUCGGAAUUGCCAGCCAAAUUAUUGGAGGAAUGUUAUACCAGAUGCUUCAAAAUACUGUGGACCUUACAAACCACCGAGUAUCUUAAAGCAAGAUGGUUCUACCUAUAAAGAAACAGGCGAUAAUUACGGUCAUGAUACUAUUGGCAUGGUUGUAAUCCAUAAUAUGGGACGCACUGCUGCUGGUACAUCGACAAAUGGUAUAAAAUUCAAAAUACCUGGUCGAAUAGGAGAUUCGCCGAUACCUGGAGCUGGGGCCUAUGCUGACGAUACUGCGGGAGCAGCUGCAGCCACUGGGGAUGGGGACAUACUGAUGCGUUUUCUACCAAGCUACCAAGCUGUAGAAUAUAUGAGAACAGGAGAAAAUCCAACCAUAGCUUGCCAAAAAGUGAUUUCAAGAAUUCAUAAGUACUUUCCAAAGUUCUUUGGGGCUGUUAUAUGUGCCAAUGUGACUGGAAGUUAUGGUGCUGCAUGCAAUAAACUACCAACAUUUACUCAGUUUAGUUUCAUGGUUUAUAAUUCUCAAAAAGAUCAGCCAACUGAGGAAAAAGUAGACUGCAUCUAAUCCAUCUUUUCUGUCAGCAUCUAUAUUUAAAGAAGAAAGAAGCAAAGGCUGGAAAGGUUACUCACUAUCACUGCAGAGCUGCAUUCUCAAUUCUUUGUGUAAAAUAAACACAAAAAUAAAUGUAUGCUGACAUCGCACUUUUACUUGGAACAUAUGAAAUUUUUUAUUACCUAGUUUUAAGCGUUGUACGAGUAUAUUGCCUCUGAAAAUGCAUAUGUGUGUAUAUAUGUUUUAAUGUUUAAGUUUUAAGUGUCAUUUGGAUUUCUACUCCAUGUUUUAAGAAAUUUGUUCUUUGAAGAUUUAUUUCCAUAGUGAUAUAAUUAUUAAAGCCAAAAGAAAUAAUCUAGAGUUAGAUACUUAAAGUAUCCCAUGUUUUUUAGACCCAAAGAAAAAGUAAAGAUGAGGCGCAGCGUGAUUAGUCCUGAUUGAAUUUCAGUACAUUACAGUGAUAUGUCUCUUCCCACUGAUUAUCAACUUUACGUAAUGCUCCCUGCUAGCUUAAAGAAGAGGGAAUGCUAUUAAUAAUAAAGGUGCUUUUUGUUUUGCUCCUAUUAGAAAAUAUGGGCAAUUUUCUGAUGAGCACUUGUGUUGAUUUUCUUUGGUUUUUUUCCUCUGCUAGAGCUCUCAACGUGUGAAGGUUCUUCAGCCACAAAAAUCUCUGACCUUUUAGCUACUAAUAUUUAGUAUUAAUAAUUUUUUCUGAAGAUGAUUUAGGGAGUUUGAAUUGUACUGUGGUUUUACUAAUCUCGUGUGCCGUGGUCGGUGAUUGCAAUUAGAAAUGAGUCAGUUAAUCUAUCGUGUAGCUUGGUCUUGUUUUCCUAAAUGCUGAGUCUACUAUCUGACAGCUAUACAGAGUUGUAUGUGUGCUUUCUCAGCAUCAUCUUUUCCUUCAAAAUCAUUAUCUUCACCAUCAGGAGUCAGUAAUAAAACCGUGUGAACAAUAUUGUCCUCAA